CCUUUGUGGCUCUCGGUUGCGCCAUCGCCUCCACCAAUCCGCAAAAGAACCCCAAGUACUCCGCAUCUGAGGUGGAUUGGUGCUCAAGGGCACCUACGAGGUGCGAUGUGACUCUCUUUUCACACUCAUGGCGACCUCUUUGACUCGACCGCGCUCGGAUCCGUGCUUCCAGUGUCGAACACGUAAGGUUCGAUGUGAUCGCAAAUUCGACAUCUGUAGCAACUGCGAGCGGUUGAAGUACACAUGUUCUUUUCAGGAAUCAGCGUCGCGUUCAGAAAACUCCCAGCGAAGGAAUGAGGAUGAGCCCGACCGUCGUCGAGCGGCCCGAGCAUGCCUACGAUGUCGCGCGCAAAAGUCUCGUUGCUCGGGAGAAAUGCCUCAAUGUGACAAUUGUCAACGGCGACAUCGUGACUGCCAUUACCCGGGGUCAAAGCGAGCUGGCACCUUCUUGAGGAAGGGCACCGACCAUGCUUCGAGCGCUGAGAGUCACCAGAAAUGUACUUCUCCGCUUCAAAGCAAGCAAGAGUUAAUCAAGUUUCUCGACCUCUACUUUCAGUACCUGUAUCCCCUCCCAGGGUACAGCUUCCUACAUGAGUCCUCAAUCCGACGAAUGUACUCGGAAGAGAGACUGGAGGAAAGCCUCGUGCUUGCCAUCUGCGCCAUUGUCAAUCUGCGCUGCCCGUCCUCAGGGCGAGUCUCCUACGAUAGCGCUUCCUGGAUUGCACGGGCACAAAGUCGCAUCCUUAACCAGCUCGAGAGGCCGUCAAUCUUUCACUUGCAAGCUCUGUUUCUCAUCAUCCACUAUCACGCCGAAGUAGGUGGUUUCGGGCGAGCAUUCAUGCUGGCAUCGCUCGCUAGUCGCCAAGUAACUGCUUUGCGUCUCAACCACGAAAGUCCCCGUCUUGGCUUCGUGGCUCAAGAGACCCGCCGUAGAGCUGCGUGGACGAUGGCUUUACUUGAUGGAUACUUCUCGGUCGGUCUUCCGGGCUACAGCACCAUCGACUAUGGGGAGAUCUACCAGCAGUUCCCUUGCCGCGAAGAAAUGUUCGGCUCGCCGAUACCGGAGUGCAUGAUCCGUCGUCCGUCUGGCAUCCCGACCGAUCAGUCCCCGGCCUCGCACGGUACGCUCGAACUCAUCUUGCGUCUGUCCAAAGUCCGUCGCGAUAUCAUUCGCCUGACUCGCCAACUCGCCCUCGUGGAACAGCCCGUCGUUGAUCUCGAUGCCAUUGCUCGAGGCUUUCAGACAAGCCUGUUGCAGAUCGGCGCCCAAAUCACCGCGUCGUUUGGGACCCCUUCUCCGAGCCAUGCUAAACUCCAGUCCCAAACCCAGCUACCAUCGCGGUGGCUGGGACGUGUCCUCGAAAUCCGAGUCGCAUGGCACCAAGGUCAGUGCGAUCUGUCCCGGAUAUUUCUUGCCGGCCAUCCCAACGCUGCAUCUUUGACGAUUCUCAAUUCCUUGAGCUCCAGCCCGUUCGUUCUUCAAGCCCGGGAGAAAUGCCACCAGCACAGCACGUGUAUCAUCGACUUCAUCUUGCACAAUGAGGCUCUCAUUCCUCCAACUUUCUUCUCUGUGGAUAUCGCCCGGUGUGUUUACCACGCGGCGCGUCUGUGUCUCCAUCUGGCCGGGGAUUCAGGUCGGAAAGGAUCAGGGAACUCACUGUCCCUGCCGCUGGGCACGGCGCUAGAGCGGGCAUCCUUGGCCGUAGCCUUCUUGCAGCGGAACUUUGGGCAGGCGGCUCAUGCGAAGGGGAUGAUCUUGGAUCUCGAGGUGUUGAUCGAAGCGUGCAGUAGCCCCCAGUCUAAAGAGGCGAGAGGAUCGAAUCCUGAUCGACUGGCUGGGUCGGAUGGAUUUGAGCGCCACCAUCAGCUAGCGGUGCAUAGUCUUCUCCAUCAGGCGGAGUUUGUGGAUGAUAGCUAUCUGUAUGAUGGGUAGUUUCAGCACUAGUCUGAUAAGAUGAACUUGGAAUUGGUUCAGCCUGAAUGAAGUUGGC